GUUUGUAUUAACACUAUUAAUUAUUACCUGUGAGAAAAUACAAGAAUAUAUUAGAUUCUGAGCGGAGUCAUGAAUUUACCUAUAUUGAUUUUAUAAUGAUAUGUAUUUAUUUUGUGUGUGUAUACUUACACGAUAAGUAUUUGAAAAAAUUGUUUGAUUUUAACUUUUAGAACAGUUUCUGGUAGAGAAUUGAUUCUAUAUAGUUUGUACUUCCGAGAGAUCCAAAUUAAAAACGUUCAGUAUUUUCCAAAUUAACCGGGUAAAACAAACGAAAUUCUAUUUUAUUUAUUAGGUGUAACUCAAAAACAAAUAACCAUAUAUUACUAUGUGCAAGUACUUUAAAUUUACACAAAAGUAUAUAUAUAAAUCUUGUGAUUGAAUUAUAAUAAUUAUAUUCCUAAAAAGAUAUAUAGUUUAGACAGUAUAGUACAGUACAUACAGUUUGAGUAAAAUUAAAUAAAAUGGAGGGAAAAUAUUACAAAAUACUUCUAUGUAAAAAUUGCAAUAGUAAAAAAUAGGUACCUACUACAAAUUUUUUUGUAUUGACAAAAAAAAGAGUUUAGUUUCAUAUUUGUAAUUCACAUGUAUAUGAACAAACUUGUAAAAAUGUUUUUAAUGGUAAACAUUUCAAGAAAAAAAUACGAACACAAAAAAAAUAAAAAAUAAACUUUUUUAAACAUUUGUUUUCUACUCGUGUAUUUCUUUUGGAAUGAGUGAUGACUGAUACACGUUUGUUUUGAACCGUUAGUCUUAUCAAUAGACAAUGUGACGUCAAUACUAUUUGUGCCUAUUAUGAUUUAAAUGUAUUAUACUAGGUUUAUCAUUAUUAUCGUGCCAUUAUUUAUUACAUUUGAUGGUAAAAUAUUAAUUAAUAACUACAUAAUAUUAUAAUUGGGUUUUGUGAAACGUAGGUUUUUAACUUGAGUUCAUUAGGUAGUUUUCAUUUUGUAACAUGGUUAAAUUAAAGUUUUAUUACGACUUCUUGUCUCAACCAAGCAGAACUUUGUACAUAUUUAUGAAGAAAACCGAAAUUCCGUUUGAACCAAAACCAUUAAGUUUAAGACAAGGAGAGCAUCUCACUAAAGAAAUUGAAAGCUUAAAUCCGUUUAAGAAAGUACCUUUUAUUGACGAUAAGGGUACAGUUUUAAUAGAAAGUGUAGCAAUACUUCGUUAUUUAUGUCGAACAUAUAAUGUAGCUGACCAUUGGUAUCCUAAAGACAUAAAAAAGCAGGCUCUUGUUGAUGAAUAUUUGGAGUGGCAACAUAAUAAUAUUAGAGCUCAUUGUACAGAGUAUUUUCGGUACAAGGCGUUAUGGCCAUUAAAAACUGGCCAGGCAGCCAAUAUUGAAAAAGUUACAAUAUUAGAAAAAAGACUGACCGAAAAUCUAAAUUUAUUAGAAAAUAUUUGGUUGAAAGAUAAACCAUUUUUGUGUGGAGACGAAAUUUCAGUUUCUGAUCUUGUUGCUGCUUGUGAAGUUGAACAACCAAGAAUUGCUGGUUUUGAUCCAUUGGUAGAUCAUCCAAAUUUAACUAAAUGGAUAACUAGAGUCCAAUCAAAGUUUUCACCUUUUUAUAAGGAAGCACAUGAAAUUGUCGAACAAACUGCUGAUGAAUACAAGUCUUAUGUUUGUGAAUUAAAUAAAAAGAAUAGUAUAAAUAAAACAAAUAUAGAAAACAUUCCAUGUUUAUUCAUCUACUUCAUAACCAUGAGUGGUAGCAUUCAAUUUUGGGUUGUGGAACAAAGUCUGAUCUCCAUUUCCCCAUGGGAAUCGCUGAAAAAAAUUAUAAUGAAUAACAUGGCUAAGUUAAUAUGUUAUUACAAUUUAUUGUCACAACCAUCCAGAGCAUUGUAUAUAUUUUUUAAAAAAGCUGGAAUUCCGUUCGAAGAAAAAAUUGUAGACUUAUUGAAAGGAGAACAGUUUACACCCGAAUUUGAGGCCAUAAAUCCGUUCAAAAAAAUACCAGUCAUCAACGAUAAGGGAUUUGUUCUUACUGAAAGCAUUGCAAUUCUACGUUACAUUUGUCGUACUUAUAACGUAGCUGAUCACUGGUACUCUAAAGACUCUGUGAAACAAGCACGUGUAGAUGAAUAUCUGGAGUGGCAACACACAAAUACUAGAGGUGAUUGUGGUCUCUAUUGUUUACAUAAAGUAUUUUGGCCUCUAAUUGCUGGAAAACCAGUAAAUGAACAGAGAGUGGCACAGCUAGAAAAAAGAAUGAUAAUUACUUUAGACUUAAUAGAUAAUGUUUGGCUAAAAAAUAAAACUUUUUUGAGUGGAAACGAAAUUUCCAUUUCUGAUAUUGUUGGUAUUUGUGAAAUUGAACAAACAAGAAUGGCUGGCUUUGAUCCAUAUGCUAAUCGUCCAAACUUAUUUAAAUGGAAAAUGAGAACGGCAUCAUAUUUAAGCCCGUAUUAUGAAGAGGCCAAUGAAAUAGUUGAAAUAUAUGUAGAUAAAUAUAAUAAAAAAUAUGGUAAACCGAAUUCUAAAAUUUAAUUUUACUCAUUCUAUUAAUAACUUUGAUCGUGUCAUAAAAAAUGUAUAAAUUUUUUAUAUAGUAUAAUUAUUAAUUUGCCAAAGUUAUUGUAUAUUUUUUCAAUAUUGUUCAAAUUAAUGACUUAAGUUAGGUUACAUUAAAAAUGUUUGUUU